AACUCUAUGAAAUUGCAUGGCUUAGAUAGCAUGAGCAUCUUAAAAAAUCAAACAAUAAGUAGUUUGGCUCUAAGAGAUUGUGCUAAACUCUAUGAGGAGAGUGAGUUUAGGCUUAAUCAAAUGAUGUUUGAAAAGAGUAGUUACUCUAAUGAAGAUGCUCUUAUAUGGAUAAGUGCAUUGAUGACAAACCAUAGGACUUGUUUGGAUGGAUUAAAUGACAAAGGAUAUUUUCAAGGUGAUCAAAUUUUGGGUAGAAACUUGACAAGGUUGCUUGGCCAAACAAUUGCUUUUUAUUCAAACAACAAAGUAAAAGGAAAAGAACAACCUCAAAGAAACACAAUAUUAGAAGAAAAUGAUGGACUAUUAGAAUCAUGGAGUCUAGCAAACAAUAAAGCAGAUUAUACAGUUGCACAAGAUGGUUCAGGAACUCACAAAACAAUCAAAGAAGCAGUAGAUGCACUUGCUUCAAUGGGACAUAAUCGUCCUUCAAGAGCAAUUAUACAUGUAAAAGCAGGAGUGUACGAUGAAAAGGUUGAGAUUGGAAGAAAUUUGCAUAAUGUUAUGUUUGUUGGAGAUGGCAUUAACAAAACUGUUGUCACUGGAAAUAGGAAUGUUGUUCAUGGUUCUACCACUCUUAACUCUGCCACAUUUGAUGUAUCAGGGGAUGGAUUUUGGGCAAGAGACAUGACAUUUGAGAACACAGCAGGACCAGAAAAUCACCAAGCAGUAGCACUAAAAGUAAGUUCAGAUUUAUCAGUCUUCUACAGAUGCAGCUUCAAAGCCUACCAAGACACACUUUACGUCCACUCGAAUCGACAAUUCUACCGCGACUGCCACAUAUACGGAACAAUCGAUUUCAUAUUCGGCGACGCAGCCGUAGUAUUACAAAACUGCGACAUUUUCAUUCGGAAACCAAUGAGUCAGCAAUCAAAUUUCAUCACGGCACAAGGUCGAGACGAUCCAAACAAACCGACGGGAAUUUCUAUACAAAAUUGUAGGGUUAGGCCUGAUUCUGAAUUUUCUAUGGUAAAGGAUAAUUUCAAUAGUUUUUUAGGUAGGCCUUGGAAAAAAUAUUCAAGAACUGUUUUUAUAAAAAGUGAUUUAGAUGAAUUAAUUCAUCCUAAAGGUUGGGGUGAAUGGGAGGGUAAUUUUGCAGUUUCAACUUUAUAUUAUGGUGAGUAUAUGAAUUAUGGAAAUGGUGCAUCUACACAAAAUAGGGUUAAUUGGCCUGGUUUUCAUGUGUUGAAUAGUGCAAAUGAGGCUUCACAAUUUACAGUUAGUAGAUUUUUGCAAGGUGAAUAUUGGAUUUCAGCUUCAGGGGUGCCAUUUUGGGCUGGAAUUUAA